AUGAUGGGAAUUGAAUUUGAUUUUUUCAACCGUGACCCAAUCGCCUACGAAUCAGCUGUGCGCCAUGAGGACAACAUCAUCAACAAAAUCGGCUGGGUUCCGGCGACACAGGAACUGUACAAAUGCCUGUGCUACCCGCCACAGCGACGUGGAAUUGCAGAGCUGACAUCGCUGCACCUCAGUCUCAACGGCGAUUCGCACCGCAACUUCCGCUGCAUCGUCCCGAAGCCAAUAACCUGGAUCCGAGGGAGCCUCAGCGUCUAUCUCCCAAUCCACGAGGAGGACGAAGUUGGCAAGACUGUGCGGAAGGUCUUAGACUGUGCGAAGGUCCUGAUGCGAUGUCCCAUGGCCCACAAAUCUCGACCGCUCUACAUCCGCUGGGUCACGGCGAUACGGCAAUAUAUUGCUGCCUUGCUCCGACGUCCAAUCCCGUCACAGUAUGUCCAACAUCCGUCGAACCACUUCCGCAAGACAGGAUACACCCUGCUCGAUUACGUCGAACCAGCGACAGGCCAGAUGCUAUCUCACGAUGGAACUAUCUCGUUGACAAACCGCCCGUUGAGGUGCGGCAUGGCGAUCCUGGAGAACGACGGCGCGCCGCGGGUGAUGCACAGGAACGACACUUAUACAUGCGUGGAGCCCUACGUGUCGGAUAUGUUGACUUUCCACGAUGGCCAGGGAUGUCGUUAUCAGAUGGCUGUGCGGGCUCUCCUGAGAGCCAUCUGUUUUCGUUACGAGGACAGAGACUUACGACAUAGUCCCUUUGUGAUACAGUUCACCGAUCUCCAUGCAAGCAACAUACUGUGGAAUAUUACCAGUGUCAUCGAUCUCGAGUGGAUAUGCGCCCAGCCGCCUGAGAUGCUCGACUUACCGUACUGGAUUGCUGGGCAAGGUAUCGAUGAGGUUGGUGAUGGUGAGAACUUGGAGACCUAUGUUAAGACACGGGAGGAACUCAUACAGCUUCCCGAGGACGAAGAGCGGAAGCUGGCGCUGGAUCGGGAGUUCAGCGUCCCGGUCCCGGUCUCCAAGAUCAUGCGACGUGCGUGGAGCUGCAAGGCUUCCUGGUUCACUCAUUGCCUAGACUCUGACAACGGCAUGUACGCACCUUUUGACCAGCAUCUGCGACCGAAGUUCAUCCCGUUUUACUUGACGGAAAAGAUGGAAGCCUUGAUAUCGAAGUUCUGGCGCGAGGGUGCUCACGGGGUGGUUGCACAGAAAUUGAAAGAGACGGAGGACUAUGUCCAGACGCUUCGAAAGCUCUUUGGCAAGGAUAUGGAGAUCCCAAAUGGGAAGGAAAUAUUAGCCUCUUGUGGCUCUCCAGAGGAGUGA